AUGACCAUGUCCAAUCCACAUGAAAAGACCAGCAAGUGUAUAUACAUUUCAUACCCUCUCUCCUUUUGUCUCAGUCUCUCAUAUGUAUAUAAACUUCAUUCUCUCUCUCCCUUUCUCUCUCUUUCAUAUUAUAUAAACUUCUUACUCUCUCUCUCACACCUUUCUCUCUCUCAUAUGUAUAUAAGAUUCAUACCCUCUCUCCUUUUCUCUCUCCCAUAUGGAUAUAAACUUCAUACUCUCUCUCCUUUUCUCCCUCUCUCAUAUUAUAUAAACUUCUUUCUCUGUCUCUGCUUUUCCCUCUCACAUAUGUAUAUAAACUUCUUACUCUCUCUCCCUUUCUUUUUCUUUCUCAUAUUCUCUUUUCCUCUGUUUCUUUCUUUUGAUUUACCUCUGUCUGUUCAGAUCUUUUUCUCUUGCUCACUCACUUUUACCAACUGUUUUUCACUCUUUUCUCUUCGUUCCAACUUAGAUUCUUCCUCCCUCAACCCUUAUUAA